AUGACUCCUACCGUACUCUAUACGAUUUUCUUGCUAUUCCUCUCCUGCUUCACCAUUGUGCAAACGCAGCAGCAGUUUGAAGGCUUAGAAGAGAUUGGCCAACAGCCGCGUUGGAUGUUUCAGCCGUCUCUGAAACGAUCCGUCGAUCCGGAUAUGUUCGCGUUUCCGGGAUUACGAGGCCUCCGCGGCAAACGAGUGCCGAUGAUGAGUUUGAAAGGACUGCGCGGCAAACGAGCCCAAGAAAAUUGGUUAACCGCAACAAUUAAAUUCAUCGAAAGUCAAUUGCCGGCAUCAAAAAAUUAUAGUGAUGAGAAAUUUGCAAAUUUGGUAUUUGAGCAAUGGAAGUUUGCUCCAUUCGAAUCUUCAAGCUUCGAAGUAUUUGCAAAUCACGGAAUUCAACCGUCAACUUCAAAAUCACAACUGCAAGGGCUUGUUGUUUGUCAGAUUAACAGUAUUAUUGAUGUUGCAAGUUCGUUCUAUUCUCAAGUGUGCAAGCUGGAUGAGAGAUCUAGCACUGAUAAUACUGGAUUUGAUGCAGUUUUUAAUGAAAAAGAAGAUGACAACGACAAAAAAUUCACAAGAAUGUUAAAAUUAACACUUUUUGAUGGACAAACGGAAAUUAAGGCUAUAGAAUUUACACGGGUUCCUCAAUUAUCGCUGUACAUAAAACCAGGUUGCAAAAUUGCAAUAUCACCACCAGUAAAGCUUCUCAAAGGCACGCUAUUUCUUCAAUCAGAAAAUUGUCAAAUCUUGGGUGGAGAAUGUUUGCCUCUAUUAAACGAAAAUCGCCCAUUAGACCAAUAUAGGAAACUUUUAAACAUGGAAUAUAUAAAGCCAAAACAAAAAUGUCAUUCUCAAAGAUUAUCUACCGCUCCAUCGCAAUCAACUAUCUUAUCGUCCUCAAAAUCUAGAGCUCCUUCACCCUCACCCAACAUUUUCGAAGAAAAUAUUGAAUAUGAUUUUGACGAUUUCCCAAAUGAAAACGAAGUUCUUGCGGAAACCGCGCCGCUUGUAACGGUCUCAUCCGUCACACAACGCCUCAAUUCGGAAGUUGAAGAAUUUGAACCGUCUAUCAAUCGAAAGUUGAUUGAAUCUCCUGUUAGAAAGAAGUUCAAACAAUCCACAACAAUAAAUACCACCUCUUGUGCUCCUGGAAUGCUAACCACGAAAAAAUAUAAUGAUUCGGAUGAAGAUAUAGAAAAUAUAAUUGAAGAAGGGGAAGAACCUGUAUCUUUAACGACUCAAUCUAUGAAAAAAAAGCUGCCCGUAAAAGUGAAGAAAGAAAGUGCUGACAUUGAAAUAAUUGAGCUUGAAUCACCUCUAGUACAUUUGACCGAUGUUGUUGAAGAUUCAAUGAAAAAAAAAUCACCUUCAAUAGAUCCUGAAGCAAAACGGGCAUUAAAUGAAUUUAAUAAGAUCAAAAUCUGUCAAAUAGUUGACGUUGUGCGAAAAAUGAAAUAUUGUGUCGGGUCACGCAGAUUUUCAAUACUGGCAUUUGUUGAAGAUGUACUUGAACCGCUUCGAGUUGUAGAUAAUUUAUGGACCAUGAAGGUUCAAUUACAAGAUUGCUCACAGAGUAUUGAGGCUUUGGUGGACAAUCGGACAUUAGAAGGGCUAAUUGGAUUCACAUGUCAGGAGGCCAUCGAGAUUCGUCAAUCUAGCGAUUUGGAAAAACGACGAGAUGGGAAACGCCGGCUAAUGGCCUUGGAAUCUCAGUUACAACGUUUAGAUCUGGUAUUUGAGGCAGAAUUUUUCAAUGGUUCCAUUAGUAUCCCAGUGAUCCGAUCCAUCAAGACAUUGGCCGAAAAGCUCGACGCUUAUUGA